UUUUCUUCUUCUUAUUGAAGCAGAUUGAGGUUGAUCAGAUAGAGAACACACACACACACACACACAAAAACAGAAUUAUGAAGACAAAAAUCGACCAGUACUUCCUAUGUAUUUUGGUGUCUGUCCUAACUCUGCUCAACAAUGGCUCAUCAGAAGCAGCAUCAACUCCAAAUAGUAAUCCACCAAGUUCUUGUAACAAAACCUGUGGAGGAAUCUCGAUCCCAUUUCCUUUCGGGAUCGGCGGGAAAGACUGCUAUCUCAACGGCUGGUACGAGGUUGUCUGUAACACAAGCACUUCCGGGUCGUCCGGCAAAACUGUUCCGUUCCUGUCUAGGAUCAACAGGGAAGUGGUGAACAUCUCCCUCUCAGAUGGAGAUAAACCAUACGGAUUGGUUCACAUCAAAGGUCCAGUGACUUCGUUGGAUUGUUCUAGCAAUAGUAGUCAAGAACUUCUUGAAAAGUCAUCGCCGGAUUUGAACGUCACAGGGAGAGGCAGUCCAUAUUUUCUCACAGACGAGAACCGCCUCGUGGCGGUUGGCUGCGGUACAAAGGCGUCGCUGACAGAUAUCAAGUCAGAGAUCUUAGGUUGUGAAUCGAGCUGCCAAGACAAUAACAGUAGUCAACAAGUAACAAACUUGGUCUGUACUGGUUACAGAUGCUGCCAGGCGAGGAUACCAUUGGAACGUCCUCAGGUUAUAGGUGUCAAUAUAGAGAACUCUAAUGCCACAAGAGGACAAGGGUGCAAAGUUGCUUUCUUGACUAACAAGAGGUAUUCGCCGAUGAAUGUAUCGGAGCCAGAACAGUUUCAUUCCAAGGGAUAUGCGUUGGUAGAGCUAGGUUGGUACUUUGAUACUUCGGAUUCUCGCUUUAGGAGCCCCUUAGGUUGUAAAAAUAUGACCCGUUACAGUGAUUACACUUCUUGGGAUAAAUGCGGUUGCCAAUAUCAAUACUUUCCUGGGAUGAGUUAUAGAAAUUGCUAUUGCAACGAUGGCUACAUAGGGAACCCAUACCUUCCACAUGGCUGCGAAUAGGUAAACAUAGAUGAAUGUAAAGGACACAACAUUUGUGGAGAAGGGACCUCUUGUGUGAACAUUCUUGGAACAUAUGGCUGCGAUCCCAAGAUAACCAAGCCGGAGAAAAACUCUGUGUUUAAAGACGUUCUUAUAGGUCUUAUUGGAGCACUGUUUUUCGUCCUCGGAAUCUUGGGGAUGUACAAACUCGCUAAGAAGCGAAGGAGGAUCAUCCGGAGAAAGAACUUCUUCAAACGUAAUGGAGGCUUGCUGUUGAAACAACAACUAACUACCACAAAGAACGGAAAUGUAGAGAUGUCAAGGAUAUUUAGCUCAAAAGAGUUGAAGAAAGCCACUGAUAACUUCAACAUGAAUAGGGUCCUUGGGCAAGGCGGUCAAGGAACUGUGUACAAAGGAAUGCUGGUAGAUGGAAGAAUCGUUGCGGUUAAAACAUCCAAAGUUGUGGAUGGAGACAAGAUGCAAGAAUUCAUCAAUGAAGUUGCACUUCUCUCACAAAUUAACCACAGGAACAUUGUGAAACUCUUGGGAUGUUGCUUGGAGACGGAAGUUCCAAUCUUGGUUUAUGAAUAUAUUCCCAAUGGAGAUCUGUUCAAGCGUCUCCAUGAUGAAUCCGAUGAUUACACAAUGACUUGGGAAGUGCGUCUUCGCAUAGCCGUAGAGAUCUCCGGAGCUCUUUCAUACAUGCACUCAGCUGCAUCUUUUCCAAUUUACCAUAGAGAUAUCAAGACCACCAAUAUAUUAUUGGACGAGAAAUACCGGGCCAAAGUAUCUGAUUUCGGAACUUCAAGAUCGGUAACCAUUGAUCAAACUCACUUGACAACGUUGGUUGCUGGAACUUUUGGGUACAUGGAUCCAGAGUACUUCCUAUCAAGCCAAUAUACUGACAAGAGCGAUGUUUACAGUUUUGGGGUUGUCUUGGUGGAGCUCAUAACCGGAGAAAAGCCACUGUCCCGAAUCCGGUCUGAAGAAGGAAGGGGAUUGGCAACUCACUUCCUUGAGGCCAUGAAAGAAAACACAGUGCUUGACAUCAUUGACGUUCGGAUCAAAGACGAAAGCAAGCUUGACCAAUUGAUGGCGGUGGCAAAACUCGCUCAAAAGUGUCUUAGCCGGAAAGGGAGGAAACGACCAACCAUGAGAGAGGUUUCAAUUGAGCUGGAGAGGAUCAGUUCAUCACCUGAGGAUUAUGAAGUCCAUUUCGUAAAAGACGAAGAAGAGGAUCAAGACAUGGAAAUUAACAAAAAAAUAAUUAAUGGGACGUGUACAAAGAGUGUUCCAACCAUAACACUGAUGUGUUGAGAAGUGUAGAAACUCCCUUUUUGAUUUGUU